AUGACCCAAGUCCCUGAACCCCGUACAUUCAAUCACCGAUCUCUGUCACCUCACAAGCGUGCCCAUGAUGCUUCUCCGAACGAAAAGUUUCCUUCCUUCGACGGAAAUCGUCCGCAAUUCCAGACCCUUCAGUCAGCCGUCGCAGAAAGCCCGCUGGAUAUCAGUCCAGGGCCAGCUCUAAGCCACGAGCUAAAAUGGCCGGCGAGAAUAUCAAGCCAACGGUUACGUGAUGGGAGGAAUUCAGGGAUCUACACCCAUAGACCGAGAAGAAGCGUGGGCGACGCAAUCAACAAAUUCCGCACCCGGCAAGGAAGCGUCAGCGAGAAUGCGCAGGAACUGGCGGAGGCAUUAAAAGCACCAGUGUCUUACAAGCUCAUUAUACUCUGCAUCAUCUGGUACCUGACAUCGGCUUUGACGAACACAUCCUCCAAGUCGAUAUUGAACGCACUGCCCAAGCCGGCCACCCUGACGAUGGUCCAAUUUGCCUCGGUGUCACUCUGGUGUUUGUUCUUCACCACUCUGUCCUCCGUCUUUCCACCCUUGAAACGAGCAAUUCCAGCGCUCAAGAAUGGCCUGAGGCGGCCAUCUUGGGAUGUCCUUUAUACCGCUUUUCCACUCUCGAUCUUCCAACUUCUGGGUCACCUACUCAGCUCAUACGCUACCUCGAAGAUCCCAGUCUCUCUGGUCCAUACAAUCAAGGGAUUGUCUCCAUUAUUCACGGUCCUCGCAUAUCGCGUGGUGUUCCGCAUCCGGUACAAACGAUCAACAUAUCUGUCGCUUGUUCCGCUCACACUUGGAGUUAUGCUGGCUUGUUCCACGGAUUUCUCCACUAAUUUCUGGGGAAUCACUGCCUCACUGGUGGCUGCGAUUGUAUUUGUGUCCCAAAACAUCUUUUCAAAGAAGCUAUUCACGGAAUCCGCCCGGGUAGAGGCCGACGGACAGACACAUCAUCCCCGGAAAUUGGACAAGCUCAACCUGUUAUGCUAUUGCUCUGUCGGUGCUUUCUUGCUUUCGGCGCCUGUUUGGUUAUACACAGAAGGAUCGGAUCUGAUUAAAGACAUGUGGAGUCAAGGGUCGGUUCCUCUGACAGAGAGGAAAAACACGAUGGAUCAUGGAGAGCUCUUGAUGGAGUACAUGUUCAACGGGCUGUUCCACUUUUUCCAAAACAUCAUGGCAUUUGUUCUACUUUCAAUGUUGUCACCCGUGUCCUACUCGGUGGCAUCCUUGAUCAAAAGAGUGUGGGUCAUUGUGGGCGCCAUCAUCUGGUUCCGGAGCCCUACCACUGCCGCCCAGGUUGUUGGAAUCGCUUUGACAUUCCUUGGUCUCUAUCUCUAUGAUCGUACCAGUGUGGAGGAUGCCGCGGAGAGGAGAACCAGGUCCGAUCAUUUCCGUCACAGGGCGGCAUUGUUACCGGUCACCGAGGUCCAGACUCCGGGGAUCCAGGAUAGCUACGCGAUUCAGGACGACUAUAUGGGGGAUAUGUCGGAAUCGCACCCUAAGAGGGACGACAGUCGAUCUCGACCAACUGAUGCGAGUUUUCCGUCUGGUUGGCUACCUCCUGGAACCAAACAGGAGAGUACCUGGGAGGUAGGUGACCAGCGCCAGGAGACAUAG